UACCAUGGCUCAUUCAGCCCUCCAGAGAGAUUAUUACAAAGGCUUUCAACAAACAGAAAACCUUCUAUGACCCAGAACAGCUGCCUCCAGGUACAAUAUGUCAUCUGUUUACUGGGUGCGUAAAAACUUUUACACUGAAUUGCACAUUCAGAGGAACACUCAGAUAGUUUAAAACUUCAAGUCCAUAAACAAAGGAAAUACAGUGUCAGAGUACUGAGGAGUUACUAUCACACCCGGAAGAGAGAAGUGUUUUUACUGCGUGACAAAACAACAUACCUGUGUUGUGCUCGUACUGAGAGUCUGUUUAGAGGGCAGCAGGUUCUGUCAGAAAAAUCUAUGCUGAAUACAACCUUUGGAAGCUCUUCCAGGAAUUUAAUGGAAAAGUACUGAGUGGAAAUGAUGUCUGCAAGAGCAAUUUCUGUCAUUUUGUAUACUGCUGUCUGCUCCUCGGCCAUAUUUGGGAAUAUUAAGGCUAAUAAAACUGAAGUGACUUCAACUACAGAGAGUUCUAAAACUUUAAUAACAACAGAAUAUUUACCUCUGAGUCCUAACACUACUGGUUCCAAUGUAGAAGAAACUCCGCUCCAUCCUAACAUGAACUCAAGUGUUAAUACAGCUUCCAAUAAUGAAAACACAACAACAUUGUAUUCGCCAAAGCUGUCACAUGUGACUACACCUAAAUCCAAUCAGAGUUCCUUGAAUAUGUCAUCUCUAACUUCUACUGUUACAGUCACUACAACUCUAUUUUCUUCUGUCACUGUACCUGUGACCAGACAAAUAAGCAGUACUGAUAGCAAAGAAGAUAACUCAACAACAGCAAUUACGACUAAUGGAUAUUCCCAAAACAGUGAAACAGUGACCUAUCCAAUGGAGGCAAACACAACUUUACUGGCAGGCACAAACAGUUACAUUCUGAAGUAUUCUGAGACAAUAUUGACUUCUGUCUUCAGCACUAUCCUAAUUGUGGUUACUUUAACCAUUCUUGCCUUCAGUUUGAAAAAGUAUAAAAGGCAAAGAUCCCAAUACUCUCACCACCCACUUCAUGAAAGUUCAUACGAAUCAGCUAAUGGAUUUUCCUCACCUGAUGAUACAUUGGUGAUUUCUGGAGGACUCUAUGAUGCACCACGUAUUUAUAAUCCUAACAUGACCGUUUUAGAAGAGGAGGAGUCUCAUCAUGACUAUGUGUCCUUUAGCUCAAGGCCAGGCCAAUAUAGACUUGAGUUCUUACCCGAUGAUAAGGAGAUUGAUCCAGCUUUUAAUUGUUCAUUAAGAAAUGUCUGAUUAUGUUAUAUCCCGCACCUGAUGGAAUCAAAUUUUUAAAUAUGAAAGAUUCUAUGAAUUAUUUGUAUUAUUUAUUUGAUAAACUUACAUUUAUUAUUUUUAGUAUAAAUCUAUGAAUAUAUAUAUAUAUAUAUAUAUAUAUA